AUGGGGACUGCAGCGGCUGCAGCGGCGGCGGCCGGGGAGGGGGCGCGCAGCCCGAGCCCCGCCGCCGUGUCGCUCGGCCUGGGCGUGGCCGUGGUGUCGAGCCUGGUGAACGGGUCCACGUUCGUGCUGCAGAAGAAGGGCAUCGUGCGCGCCAAGCGGCGAGGUACCUCCUAUUUAACAGACAUUGUGUGGUGGGCAGGAACCAUUGCAAUGGCUGUUGGCCAGAUUGGAAACUUCCUGGCUUACACGGCGGUCCCCACUGUCCUGGUGACUCCUCUUGGUGCCCUUGGAGUGCCAUUUGGGUCCAUUUUAGCUUCUUACCUUCUGAAAGAGAAGCUCAACAUCUUGGGCAAGUUGGGGUGUCUACUAAGCUGUGCGGGUUCUGUCGUGCUGAUUAUCCACUCCCCGAAAUCUGAGAGUGUGACCACUCAGGCCGAGCUGGAGGAGAAGCUGACCAACCCAGCGUUUGUAGGCUACCUGUGCGUCGUGCUGCUCAUGCUGCUGCUGCUCAUCUUCUGGAUCGCGCCAGCCCACGGGCCCACCAACAUCAUGGUCUACAUCAGCAUCUGCUCCUUGCUGGGGAGCUUCACCGUGCCUUCCACUAAGGGCAUUGGGCUGGCAGCCCAAGACAUCCUCCACAACAACCCGUCUAGUCGGCGCGCCCUCUGCCUGUGCCUGGUGCUCCUGGCCGUUCUUGGCUGCAGCAUCAUCGUCCAGUUCAGGUACAUCAACAAGGCCCUCGAGUGCUUCGACUCCUCUGUGUUUGGGGCCAUCUACUACGUUGUGUUCACCACGCUGGUCUUGCUGGCCUCGGCCAUCCUCUUCCGGGAGUGGAGCAACGUGGGUCUGGUGGACUUCCUGGGCAUGGCCUGCGGGUUCACCACUGUCUCCGUGGGGAUCGUCCUCAUACAGGUGUUCAAAGAGUUCAACUUCAACCUCGGGGAGAUGAACAAAUCUAAUAUGAAAGCAGACUAGGAUGUAACGGGGGGUCGGAUGGCUUGAGGAACGGGAAAUGGAUGUGGCUUCUGGUCCUGAUUUGUUGUGAAGUAGAAGAGACCGUAAAUCGCUGGUGUUGGAGUUGCCUGUAUAUUAAUGGAUGGGCUGGUGGAGCGUGAGGAUGCAUUGCUCAGCACUGGGGUGGGGGCCCAGCCUUCUGUACUCUGAAGUUGCUCCGUGGUUGCCUGGGUGUCAUCUCUCUCUGAUGAGAGGAAUCUUAAUGUUCAUUGCCAUUAACCUGGAAGCUUUCGUGAAUACUCUUUGCUUUUAAAACACUUCAUCAUUAUUUAAAUAGAAUGGGCCUUUUCUGAUUAGUCUUUGCAGGGGAACAGAUAUUCUUACUUAGAAGCUUACUUUGGAAAUGGGAGAAAUUGUUGUCUUGAAGUCUGACUCUACAGUAAAUGUGUCUGUAGUUUUGUUAUUUUGCAUUAAGCAUGUAUAACAUUCAGGUUUCGGAUCCAAAUCAGAGGUAUAUGCAUUUAAUUGGUUUUAAUCCUCUGAUGUGUUGACUCUCCUACCCCCAACUCCUAGACAUUUUAAUUGCAAACAGAGAGAGAAGGGUGAAUGGAAAUGAUAUACUGUUCCAUGUGCAGGAUGAUUUUCAAUAGCUCAAAUCAAUUUCAGUGCCUUUAUUACUUGAACGAUUCACUUAAUUUGACUAUUACUGUGUGUAUGUUCUCUUAGAUUAGAAUAAUGCAGCCUCCUUGAUUAUACUUUAAUAUUUCACUCUUCAAAAUAUAAAUGUUCAGAGCAGUUAGAAAUUAUAAUAUAUUCAUUCACUGGAAGAGAGUCAAGACUGAGGGCACAUUGGAGUAAAUCAACCCUUUCAGCAUGUAGUUAUAGUCCAAUUAAAGACAAUUGACUUAAGUAGCAUGAGGUAUUUUAUUUGUAUUCAGUCUAAUGUAACUGGGAUCCAGUAUUAAAUAUAUCCAUGUUGUCUUUCGGCAAGCAUUGUGGCCAUUAAGAAGAAAUAAAUUAUUUAACUUGAUAAUAAGGCUGUUAAAUGAGAGAGUAACUGUUCAAUAGCACAUAUGAGUUCCCUGUAAUUCAGGAACAAGUUAAAGGACACAAUUAAGCUUAGGCUAUAUUCUACAAACUGGAACACACAUAAUUUUCAAAAGAAUUUCUAGCAAGAAUGAAAACAAUUUUUAGCCAUCUCCCUGUUGUUUGAGAUGGCAGAGCACCCUACGAUUCCUCACCCAAACUUCUGAAAUGCAAAAUAGCCAUUAAUUAUUCCAGUAUUUGGAUCAAAGAGGUCAUUGGCUAUCUGUAGUAACCUUGCAUAUGUAUUAAAUGGGAACAAAGCACAGAGUGAUGCAGAUAUUCAUCAAGAUAUCAUGUACUUCAUUUGCAGUGGUUCUCCCACCCCUGCACCAUGCGGCAUGACGGAUCUUAGUUCCCUGACCAGGGAUCGAACCAGUGCCCGCUGCAUUGGAAGCUUGGAGUCUUAACCACUGGACCACCGGGGAAGUCCCAUGUGUACUGUUUUAUCUAAAUAGGAAGCUAUGUCAAGUUGAAAGAUGGGAUUGGGUAAGGUAGAUUUGGUGAUACCCAAUUAAAUAAUACCCAAUUAAAAUUACUAAGGAAUGUCAAUAGGAAAAAAAAAAAGUGUUUUUUCAGACAAAAAGAACAUUUCUAAAGACCUAAGGAAUAGUUCCCUAAAGUGUUGAACAAAGAGACUAAAUAAAAUGAGGAUAGUUUAACAUAGAGAAAAAAGCACCUUUUUUUUUCUUCUUUUGCGGUACGCGGGGCCUCUCACUGUUGUGGCCUCUCCCAUUGCGGAGCACAGGCUCCAGACGCACAGGCUCAGCGGCCAUGGCUCGUGGGCCCAGCCGCUCCGCGGCAUGUGGGAUCUUCCCGGACCGGGGCACGAACCCGUGUCCCCUGCACCGGCAGGCGGACUCUCAACCACUGCGCCACCAGGGAAGCCCCAAAAAACACCUUUAUAAAUUAAAAGUACAUGUGAUGAUCAUGGGUUAUCAAGUGAUCUGUGAACUAACAGCAGCAAGAAUAUUUAAAAAUUUUUAAAAAUCUUAUACUAACUGAUAGUUAAAAAAUGCUAAAAAAAUCCAUUACUCUUUUUAUCAGCUCGUGAAGGUUUGUUUUUUAUCAUCAGUAUUUUUAGGACUGCAGGCCUUCAUUGAUUGAACUGAACUUUCUGAAAGUAUAAUGCAGGAGUAUAACUUUCUGAAAGUAUAAAAGUAUACUUUUAGGCAUAAAAAUAGUUUCUAGGUAAGGAGUAUGAGAUAUUCAACGAAUACAUGUGGCUAUACAAGUAUAAUGAGAAAGUCCAUGUGUCAUAUGGAAAUUACCAUUUUUUUGUUUACAGUUUACACGUGAAGCUUAGUUUAUGUAAAUUCAUCUAUUGAUGUUCCUGAUUUCAGUGAAUCCAUGAUUAUUCCAUAGAUACUUAGAGGUGAUAUUUUCUGGAUUAUCUCCCUAUGAUUUUUUUAGAGUAAAAUAGAAUCUCAAAGUAUUAAUAGUUUGUCUCCUCUUGAAGGUGAUAAGUCCCAGAACAGUUAGACUCCCCCAAGUUUACAUCUGUUCAGCAAAUUACCUUGGUAGGAUGCACAGCUCUCCUUCCAAUGGAACACAGUUCAUAUCGUCCAUUGUAUUCCAAAAGUGUGACUGUAGCUUGGAAGUAAUCGACAUGACCAGCAGUCUAACCGCCUGAUUUUCAAGUUUAACAUAGAGCGUUUAACAUCUGACUUAUAGUAUUUAUUUUACAAAUUCAUGUUUUUAUAAUUUGGAAUUACAAAAAAAGACUUCAAAAGUAAAAGCUUUGAAGGGUACGGCCCAGAAUGGGGAUAGGUCUUAUAUUGGUCUUUCCAAAAGUAAAUACAUAUAAAACAUUUUCAUUAUUAUGGUAUUCUUAGGGUUUUAUCUUCAAUUAAAGCAAGCCUCCUCUAAAAUCAUAUGUCUGUGAUCACAACUUGCAGGCUUACUCUGGAUAGACACUUAACUAGGCCAUUUCUCUCCUGUCUUACUUGGACAGUGCCUUGUUUUCUCAUCUGAAUCUCAGCAUUUAAAAAGAUUGCUUCCUGUCCUGCUCAGUGAUCAAGUGUAGGGCCUCUUAAGGAUUCUAACCCAAACCCAGCACGAGGACCACUCUGGGUGUUUUGCUGUUCUGCAGGACUGCUCCAACUCUGCAAAGAAGGAUCCGGAGAGAAGGGCAGUCUGCUCCCUGUCACAGGGGGAGCAAGAACUGCCCACGGCUGGACCUUCAGGGGGAAUCAUCACUCAGAUGUUAUUAUGGUCUUCUCACAUUAGAAAGUUAGUGAAACACACUUUGCUGCUCUUGGUUCAGCAAUAAGAAAUAUUCUUUCAAGCCCUACUUCUCAGGCCAAUUUGAUUUAUGCAGUUUUAUUUCCAGAGGUUCAUUCCAGCUGUAGUAGAUUGGCCUUCGGGUUUUUCUUUGGGUGUCACAUCUGAUAGAAGAGAGCACUGUUGAAGUAUGCAGUCACCUCUCACCUUUCUUCUUCCUCGACUGCUUGGCUCUUUGUAAAUACUGCGCUCACUUCUAGAGGCCAGUUCCUAGACGUCCAUAAAGUGCUCGAGAUGCACUGUCUACGGGCGUGGAUGAGUCCGCGGAGACUGAGGUGUUGAUCACAGGCCGCUGUCGUGCUGCCUAAUAAUCUUGUUGGGAGGUGACACCUCUCCUUUCUAAGCUGCUCAACUAACCCAGAAGAGCCGUCUACGGAGCUAUGCCCAUCUCUCUUCUUUGAUGCCUACUUGAUCCUGACUUAGACUUCCUGGGACUGAGUAGGAACUUGGAAAGAGAAGAAGCUUUAGUUUAGAUUUGUUCAUGACUGUCUGAUUGGCUUCAGUGGCCUGAAGAAGUUGUCCUUACUGUGUCUGACACCACGGAAGUAGUUCACCUAUCAAGCAGGAUUAGAUGGAAUCUUGAUGUUCCACCUUCUCAGGGACCAAAAACGUAACAUUAACUCCCUAGCAUUGACCUUCCUCCCAAGGACAUGUCUGUGUUAGUUUUUCAUAUGUUUUACUCAUAUUCGUAGCUAGAGGUCUGUUAGCUUGAGUUAGGAAGAGAAAAGAUCAGUUUGCACACCAGUCACACCAUAAAACAGUUUAUCAUAUAAAAUACCUCAACUAUAUGUAUUCCUCACUUCCGCCUCACAGUUAAACUGGUGAUGAAUUUUAAGGUGAUUUUUCACAUCUGGCCAGAUUCUUAUACCUCCAUCAUAUACUUGAAAAGAUUAAGAAUUUUAGGAAUGGGAACAAGAAUUUGGCCCAAUAUCUACUCAUUUAUUUUCGUACACAUUUCUCACAUGCUCUUAAAUGCAACAGAGAAUUAUAUUUUAAGAAAAUGUAACUUUGUGUUACAUCAAAAACAUAUUGUCUAGUGAAAAGUUGAUAUUCAGUAGAACAAUGAUCAUGUAAAUAAACAUCUAUUUCAAAUGUACCCAAUGUGAUAAAAAGCAUAGUCUAGGGCCCAGUGCAUGAGCCGGGGAGGAUUUAUUUGUUCUUUUCUCUGUUUUUCCUUGAAUUGUGCAACUAUAGGUGAGUCACUUAACCUUUCUGUGCCUCAGUUUCUCUACCUCUAAAUGGUGGGAUGGGUCUCCAAAUCUGUGUUAGAGUACUCACAUGUUUAGUUUGUGCUGGUAGCCUCAGACCAGAGCGCAUGUGCAGGACUCCUUUGGAGCGGUGCACCAUGCAUCCUGUCUGCUCAGGACCACGCUGUAGACACACAGCUUCGAGCACUGAGUAAGCAAAGGAAGCACUGGGUGUAAAGUUUGCAUGAUUCCAUGAAGCUUUAACUUUCCUUUUUCUUUGUUUUAAAAGGCAGGGUUUUAUAUUUUCUGUGUAAAAUAUGGAAAUUAAGCAGGGACUUUAAAAACCUGCACUGAGAGAUCACAUGCUGAUGGUGUGAUGAGCUUCUCUGACAUUCUGCAAAGGUUUAUGUUCUGCAGAAGAAUCAAUGACUUGUGAACCAGAUUGAUUCUGUUGCGUUGAAUUUGUAAUGAAUGAUGCUGAACUUCCUGCUUCCAAGCGGCUCAACCCUGACCAUGAACUACCUGACACCAGGUAAAUGUCAGGAACUCCCAAACCACUAGUGCCAAAGGGUCACAUUGAAAAGUACGGAAUAUUUCUUUUACUUGUCAGACUAUAAUAAUUUGCUCCCCCCUGCCAUGUCAGUGUUUUUGCAGUUUGGAAAACUUUAAGGGUACUGUUUUUCAGUAGCAUUCCUGAGUGUUUUUGCCUUUUUAAAUGAUAACUAUUACUUUCUUGUAAAAUGGAAUAUAAUUGUGAAAGAGAGGAAGAAGACUAGAUAAAAAAAUGUAAAAUGUUGAUUGGUUGCAUAAAAUUUUUUUCAUGUAAAUGUAUCAGGGAAGCUUCCAAUUAGCACACACACCCAUUUGUCAAUGACUAAGACUUGCUUAUAUUUUGCUUUAUAGAAGUAGUCAUAGCAUGUUGUAAUUGCCUUAUGUAAAUAAAAUGCUAUUUAUUAAGUUUUCCAAUAAUAUUUAUUAAUCUGUAUGUGUUUUAAAAUAAAAUAACUUAU